AUGACCUCGGGGCCUGGAAAGCUGGCUCUUAAAACUUUCACAGGACAUAAACGAAUAACAGUCGAUUAUCAGUCAACAAACAAACAUAUAGUGAAUGUGAGACGUGCCUUUCUUGAAACCAUUGACCUCAGCACAAGCAGAGCUCGACAAGCCAACCAUGUUCUGUCACAAGCCGCAUAUCGCAUGCAGUAUGCAAACAACUUUAGUGCUCUAACUCGGACGGCGAUUAGCCCUCGAGUUUAUGCGGCUAACGCAAAUUACAGCCUUUUACGUCACCGUGCAACACUAAUGCCUCUAGAUCAUACUCUCACGGGGCACAGUGGAAAAGUGAUGGCAGCGAAAUUUCUCGGAGAACCAACAAAAGUAAUUUCUGGAAGCCACGAUCGAACGUUAAAAAUAUGGGAUCUUAGAAGUAGAAUGUGUACAGAAACCAAAUUCGCAGGAUCAUCUUGCAACGAUCUGGUGACUUCAGACGGCGCAGGCUCCACAAUCAUCUCAGGACAUUUUGACAAACGGAUACGUUUCUGGGACAUACGCACAGAGAUGUCGGCCAACCACAUCAUGCUCCAGGGCAAAGUCACAUCGCUCGACCUCAGCAGAGAUAGCAACUAUUUGUUGGCCUGUGUCCGAGAUGAUACUAUACAGCUUAUAGAUUUACGAAUGAACAACAUUGUACGGUCUUUUAGUCACGAGUCGUUUAAGGUGGGUUGCGACUGGUCUCGGGCGGCGUUCGGUCCGGGCGGACGGCUGUUGUCAGUGGGCGCGGCUGAUGGAGCCGCUUAUGUAUGGAACACACACUCUGGAAGAUUGGAAGCCGUUUUGAAGGAUCACACGUCAGCGGUAACAGCGGUAUCUUGGCAUCCACAAUCAGGACUGUUAGCAUCGGUCGAUAGAGGAAAACGUGCAGUCAUUUGGGGUGAUUUGUGA